AUUUACAAUGACGUAAUUACUAAACCAAGCCAAGACCAAGCUGCGCUUGUUUUGUUUGUAAAUUGUUGAAAAUUUUGAUUUUUUUAAACGAAAAUAUUAAUUAAAAUGGCUGGAAAACCACCAGAAGAUGGAUAUAUAUCAGUAGUUGACGAAGAGCCAGAAAUCUUUGCAUUACUGAAGUGGGAUACUGCACAAACUCAAAAGAAUUUUGAUGUUCGUAGUUCAGAGAGAGCAAAAAGUCCGGAGAAAUAUAUACAAAAGUCAAUUGCGGAAGAAGCGGAUGCUUUUGAUAUGAAUGAUGCCGCCUUCCUAGAAACUUUUCGUCUUCCAAAAGAUUUGGCACGAAGUCUUUGCGAGGAAAUAAAAGCUGUGAUUCCCGAUUCCACUAAGUCACUAGAUCUACCUAUUGAAACAAAAGUAUUAGCUACACUCUCCUAUUAUGCAACAGGAAAAUACCAAAAGUCAAUAGCUGGAAAAUCUGAUCUUAAUGUUACCCCCUACUUUUAUAUGACUGCAGUAAUGCAGGUCACAGAAGCUAUUAAUCAUCACACAAUUGUUAAGAAGUAUAUUCACUUUCCACAUUUAAGAAAUGAAAGGGAUCUUAUUAAAAACAGAUUCUAUAUGAAGUACAGAAUACCAAAUGUAGUGGGUUGUGUGGACUGCAUGCAUGUGCCAAUUGCUAAACCAGACAAUAACCACAAAAAGCAUUUUAAUAAAUCAUAUCAUUCAAAAAAAGCACAAAUUAUAUGUGACAGUGAUCUAAAUAUUAUCAGUGUUGAUGCAUUGCCAGGCGGUUCUUUAUCACAUGAAGCCAUAUUAUUAAAACAUGCUGUUAAAAAUGAUUUAGAGAGCCUUAAUGCAGCCAGAGAUACAUGUUGGCUUGUUGGUGGACUCCACUAUAUGCAGAAGCCAUACAUAAUGACUCCCAUUCCUAAAAUUACGAAAAAAACACCUGUAUCACCAGAGAAGCACUAUACAAAUCUUCAUAUGACCACACAUAAUGUAGUCCUAGAUACAAUCAAACAGUUGAAAUCACGAUGGAAAUGCCUUCAGGCAUCAUGUAAUAAGCAUUUUGAUCCGUCAAUGGUGUCGAUGAUUAUUGUAGCCUGUUGCAUUUUACAUAAUAUUUGUAAUAAGCGAGGGUUGGCUGUCCCACAAAUGACUCAAGCGGAAGAACGAUUAGAAAUUAUGAAACAAAAAGUUGCUAAUGGUGCAGUGUCAAAGAAACGUGUUGAGGACCCAGCAGGUGUACAAGUACGAAACGCGUUAAUAGAGCGAUUAUGGAACGAACGCAGUGCUAAUGAAUGCAUUCCUCCAAAGAAACGUGUGAGGAAAGAGCGUGAGCCCAUUCCUCAAAUGAACCCAGUGGAAGAUGAUCCCAGCAAGCGGCCGCGAGUCAUGAUGAAUAAUCCUUAUGCUUUUGGAAUGGGGAUGAAUCAUGGCUGGGGACAUUAUCCACAACAUUGAUAUUAAUCUGGUUUAGCCGUUUGGCGUAAAAAUAUAUACCUAUUGAAUUUUUCAAUUCAAUUAUAUAUAAUUAUUAUAUA